GGACCGGGGUGGGGAGCAGACCCUGCACACCUGCUCCUAGAGCGUUAUUAAUAGAGCCCGGAGAAUGACUGACGCUGUCAAGUGAGCUCAUGCAGAUCUAGUGUCUCGCUUGGCAAUUAGGAGGUGGUGCUGGUCUACUUUAGCUGCGGGAAGAGGCCAAGGUGUGCGUCUCCGCCCUCAGCCUGGCAGCUGAGUCUCUUGCCAGCAGAGACCAUGAGCUGGCGGCUGCGGUGUCCGAAGCUCCCUCACGCCAAGGAAAAGCAACACGAAAAACCUGGAUCUCUCUCCCUGAACCACCGGGCCUGCCAGUGACGGCUCCCUCGACGUCGCCCUCUAGCGUCCGUCUGGAUAAGGGUCACGGGAUCCUAGUGGACCCAGUGGGACGCCAUGGGGUCCGCGAGCACCCCGCUGUUGCAGGCCCUCCGCAGCAGUUCCGUCUCAGUCUCAGACUAUGUCAACUAUGAGAUCAUCAAACGGCAUUACAAUUACACGGGGAAGCUGAAUAUCAGCGCCGACAAGGAGAACGGCAUUAAACUGACGUCGGUGGUGUUUAUCCUCAUCUGUUGCUUUAUCAUCUUGGAGAAUAUCUUCGUCUUGCUGACGAUUUGGAAAACCAAGAAGUUCCACCGGCCUAUGUACUAUUUUAUUGGUAACCUGGCCCUUUCCGACCUGUUGGCAGGGGUGGCCUAUGUAGCCAACCUGCUCUUGUCUGGGGCCACCACCUACAAGCUCACCCCCGCCCAGUGGUUUCUGCGGGAAGGGAGCAUGUUUGUGGCCCUGUCGGCCUCCGUGUUCAGCUUGCUAGCCAUCGCCAUCGAGCGCUACAUCACCAUGCUGAAGAUGAAACUCCACAACGGCAGCAACAGCUUCCGCUCCUUCCUGCUCAUCAGUGCCUGUUGGGUCAUCUCGCUCAUCCUGGGGGGCCUGCCCAUCAUGGGCUGGAACUGCAUCGGAUUGCUGCCCAGUUGCUCCACCGUGUUGCCCCUCUACCACAAGCACUAUAUCCUCUUCUGCACCACGGUCUUCACUCUGCUCCUGCUUUCCAUCGUCAUCCUCUACUGCAGGAUCUACUCCUUGGUUAGGACUCGGAGCCGACGUCUGACCUUUCGCAAGAAUAUUUCCAAGGCCACUCGCAGCUCGGAAAAGUCUCUGGCGCUGCUCAAGACUGUGAUAAUCGUCCUGAGCGUCUUUAUCGCCUGUUGGGCGCCCCUCUUCAUCCUGCUGCUGCUUGAUGUGGGCUGCAAGGUGAAGAGCUGCAACAUCCUCUUCAGCGCCGAGUACUUCCUGGUGUUGGCGGUGCUCAACUCGGGGACCAAUCCCAUCAUUUACACGCUGACCAACAAGGAGAUGCGCAGGGCCUUCAUCAAAAUCAUGUCCUGCUGCAAGUGCCCCAGCGGAGACGCUACCGGCAAAUUCAAGCGACCCAUCAUUGCUGGCGUGGAGUUCAGCCGCAGUAAGUCCGAUAACUCCUCCCACCCACAGAAGGACGAUGGGGACAACCCAGAGACCAUUAUGUCCUCUGGAAAUGUCAACUCUUCUUCGUAAAACUGAAAGCCACCAGUCCACGGGGAGUGCUCCUAGGUGGCCACCAUCCCAGUGUUUGGAAAAAAUUCCCUGGGCCUCAACUGCUACCAGGGAGGAGCUGCUGCAAGCCAGAGGAAGGGAGGGAGAGGGUCGGCAGCAUGGUGUGGUGUCUGGUAUGGGGGUAGAGUCAGUUCCUGGGAACAAUACACUGGGAAGGGUGGAGAUCAGGUCCUGGCCUGAAAUGGAUUUCCUCCCCCCCGGGAGCUUUGAUUUUUGCACUGAGCCAAAGGUCUAGCAUGGUCAGGCUCCUGAAGAGUUCAUCCGGCUCCACCAAGACUGAUGUCCUCAAGUGAACGUGUCUUCUCGUCUGGAACUUUGAGAGGAUACUGUCUUUCACUUUAGUUUAAACCCAAAUGAGUGUGUGCACUUCUGCUUCUAUAGGAAUGCUCCCCAGCCCCCUUCACCUCCUCCUCAGAAUCACUGAACUUUAUAUGUUAACUCUCUGGCAUUCAUCACAGCCAGGCUGGUGGUGAGGGCCAUUUCUUGGCCAUCUGUGGCCGAUAGGCUGGGUGGAGCAGGUAGGCCUGGUGGAGAUGGGGGUGGUUUGGAGGUCAUAAAACAACUUCAUUUGCUGAGGCCAAAGUUUCCACGUCAGAUGGAUCAGUGUUUUGGAAUUUAGUUGAAGUCACUUGGUCUCUGUUUUGCUUUAUUUUAAACAUUACUUCUUUGCAACACAAUCAAUGUGUAAUCGGUCAUACUCCUUGUGCCUGCAUCUGUCUAGGGAAGUCCACUUCCCUACAUGAUAUCUGCAUGAUAGCGGCCAGGAUCCUUAGUGUCCUAAAAGAAGCACCCGAGCAAAGGAUGGCGAAAAUCGACUGUAACAGGAAACCCAGAGAGAUUCUUUGAUGACUAGACACUUGUCUCUCAAAUGUAACAUUCUGACUUUGGCACUUUGCUUGAUGUUUAUUUCAGAGGUCAUGUGAUUCAUUCCAACCAACAGGAUGGUUGUCUUUUGUUGUGUUAAACAUACUUUUAAUGAGUUUUGAAUGUAUUUGUUUCAGCAAAGGUCAUUUUAUUGGAUUUUUCUAACCCAUGUUAACACCAUUGAAUGCACAUCGUUUAAGAAAAUACCACCUUUGUGUGCCCCUAAAGCAUUACUUUAACUGAUAGGGAACACCAGGAGUAUUCUGUUUUUUUGUUUGUUUGUUUGUUUCAGUACAGUGUACUAUUGAUAGGUCAUUGAAGAGGUCUUAUAAAUGUUACAAAGAAUAAAGAUAUAUUGCUGUCUCUUUAGGUAUGGUUCUCAGUGCAAUUAAACCGAGAAAUGUCCCUUUAAAAAAAAAUAGUAUUUAAUAGGUUCCUGACUUUUGUGGAUUAUUUUGCACAUAGCUUUAUCAACUUUUAAACAUUAAUAAACUGAUUUUUUAAAAAGA